UGCUGAUUUCCCAUGAUGCUCAGCAGUAAUGUGAGACGUUUGAGUGUUACCUUGUCAGCAGAUCUUCAGCUGUGUGUCUCAGGGUUCUGUGCCCUUCGUGUUGACUCAGGUGUUUCAUGUAUUCAUCAGUUCAGGUUCAACAAACUAAUCAAUGUGUUCACUGAUCCUCAGACUCAUCGUCUGACCAAGUCGGAGCGUCAGAGGUUCACUGAGGAGGUGGAGAUGUUGAAGGCUCUGCAGCAUCCCAACAUCGUCCGAUUCUUCGACUCCUGGAAGUGCACGCUGGGGGGACACAAAUGCACCAUCCUGGUGACGGAGCUCAUGACGUCCGGGACGCUGAAGACGUACCUGCGCAGGUUCCGUGAGAUGAAGCUGAAGCUGCUGCAGCGUUGGAGCUUCCAGAUCCUGAAGGGACUGCAGUUCCUGCACUCACGUUGCCCCCCCAUCCUGCACCGAGACCUCAAGUGUGACAACGUCUUCAUCACCGGACCCACCGCCUCCGUCAAGAUUGGAGACCUGGGCCUCGCCACGCUCAAGAAGGCCUCGUUCGCCAAGAGCGUCAUCGGGACCCCAGAGUUCAUGGCUCCAGAGAUGUACGAGGAGAAGUAUGACGAGGCCGUGGACAUUUACGCCUUCGGUAUGUGCAUCCUGGAGAUGGCGACAUCCGAGUAUCCGUACUCCGAGUGUCAGAACGCCGCCCAGAUCUACCGCAAAGUCACCAACGGAAUCAAACCCGACAGUUUCUUCAAAGUCAAAGUUCCCGAGCUGAAGGAGAUCAUUGAAGGCUGCAUUCGGACCAACAGCAGCGAGAGGUUCACAGUUCAGGACCUGCUGGAUCUGCGAUUCUUCCAGGAGGAGCUCGGUGUCCGCGUGGAGCUGGCGGAGGAAGACGACGGCUUGAAGUCGGGGGUGACGCUGUGGCUCAGGAUGGACCACAACAAGAAGCUCCACGGGAAAUACAAAGACAACAAUGCCAUCGAGUUCCUGUUCGAGCUCUACAAAGAUGUCCCGGAGGAGGUCGCUCAGGAGAUGGUGGUGCUGGGGUUCCUGUGUGAGGCCGACUAUAUGGUGGUCGCAAAGGCAAUAAGACAUUGCGUCACGGCCAUCAAGCGUCAGCGGGAGAAACGGCGCCGCCUGCUGGAGGAAGCUCAGAAGAAGGAAGGUGUCAUGGAGGAGGAGUCUGACCCCGCCCCCCAGCCACCUGAACCGCCCAAUCAGAGACCAGCAGCCGCCACGAGCUCGUCCACUGCCGGGAGGGCGGCCAAUCAGCAGGACUCUUCAGCACCCACCCCCGCCUGGAUACAAGCCCCGCCCUCUGCAACAGUGACAUCAUCAAGUAGCAGCCCAGUGGAUUCUGGGAUCGGCAGCAUCUCCAGCAGGACGGAGGGGGACGGAGACGAGGAGAUGGCCAGAAACACCUCGCACUCCUCCGCUACAUUAAUCAGUUGUGUGUUCCUGACUCUUUCCCUGGCAGCCGACUGUGACAUGGAGACCUCUCUCAGCUCCUCAGGCGUCCUGCAGAAAGGUGAAGCCACGCCCCCUCCGGUCACUCACUACUCCCCCCUCCCUUCAGUCCCCGCCCCAGCUCUGGGAACACCUCGCCAUGUGACCCGGACUCCAUCCAAAGCUCCGCCCCUCCCUGUGCUGCGUUUCCCCAAGAGCAUCGCUGUGUCCAAGGCUGCUGAGAGACAGUCGUCUGGAUCAGUCAGCGGCUUCACCUCACCUGUCGACAGCUGUGCCUCCGAUGUGACCUCAGGUCUGAGUGACUGCAAUGAAGGCCAAUCAGACAAAAGUAACCAGGAAGCCGCCAGACGAGCGGCUACAAAGCAAUUCAGGCGGAGAUCGAGGGGACGUCUGAGAAUCACAGGGGUGUCAGACAAAGUGGACCGGGUGGUGGAGUGUCAGCUGGAGACUCACGACAGUAAGAUGGUGACGUUCAAGUUUGACCUGGACGGAGACAAUCCAGAGGACAUCGCCUCUGUGAUGCUACACAGAGACUUCAUCACGCCUUUGGAACGAGAAGGAUUCAUCCUCCGCAUGUAUGACAUCAUCAACAAGGUGGAGUCUAUGAUGCACCAACAGCAGCCAGCUGACAGCGACAGGUUAUCUCACCUGAACGCCUCCACACUGCCCAGCUCUGCUCCAAACCUGCCGGCGCAGGGCCUCACCAGAAAUCUGUCCUCGUCUUCACUUCCUGACAUUGCAGAUGCUGACCCCUCCCCCUUGAAGGGCGGAGACUUUUACAUUGACCCUGAGGCCACGCCGUCUGUCAGACCCCUGAGGUCACAGUCUUUCCACACCUCAUCAGCUUCCUCCCAUCAGCCCCUCCCCUACCCCCACCAUUACCCCCACCCAGAGUCCGCUAUGAGUGUGGCCCAGUCCUUCAUGCCCCCACCAGGGACCCCCAACCAGGGCUUUCACCCCCAGCCCCUGACUCCCCCCAUGUCUCCAUCCCUGGGCCCUAAGCUCCAUCCUCCAAGCAACGCCUCCUUCUCUGCUCCUUUCCCCCUCCAGAUGGCCUACAGCACCACCACCUCUCAGACAGGCUCCGCCCCCAACAGCCAGCAGGUGGCACUGCUCAACCAUAUUUCUAACACACCUCAAGGACAGCCUCUCAGUACUGUUCAGCCAAAGGUCGGCUCAGCUCCGCCCCUGCAUGGUUCAGAGACUGUUUCUGCUCCCAGUCUUGUCCAGGUGUCCUCCAGCGUCUCAUCGUCCCCCAGUCUGUCACCCAUACAGGAGGUCAAGACACCUUCACUCUUCACCGUCGGUCGUUUCCAGGUGACGGCCUCUAAAGACAUCCCUGCCAUCCGUAAUCAGGAGCCCCGCCCCCUAAACCAGGCCACACCGACGGCCCACUCCCCGCCUCCCUCCAGGGCGAACACAUCAGAGAGCUCAGAGAGCAGCACAUCGGAGGAGAGCGAAUCACAGAGCAGCAUCGGCACAGUGAUCGUCUCCUCACCUGGUCAUUUUCAUGGUUACCAUGACAACCUUGGAGGACAGGACGAAGAGGAGGACAAGAAGAGGUGGGGCAGUCGGAGGCAGAGCCUCAGCCUGUGUGAGGGAUCUGCCAGCAGCCUCAGCCAGUUGUGGAGCCGCUCGGCACCCCACGUCAGCUCCGAUGAAUCAGAGAGUGAGAAUGAGGAAAUGUGGGAGGAGCUGCAGAAGCUCCGUGAAAGACACCUGGUGGAGGUGCAGAACCUGCAGGCCAAUCAGAAGGCAGAGAUCGAGCAGCUGUACCUGAGGAUGGGUAAAGUCCCACCCCCUGGUAUCGUUCCCCCGGCCGCCAUGUUGAACCCCCGCCAACGCCGCCUCUCCAAGACCAGCAACUACCCUCCUUCUCGCAAAAGCAGCCUGCAGAGGCUGGAUGUGCUGCCCCCUGCAGGCAUCAUGAGGAAGAGCUCGAUCAGCGGCAGCAGCAGCGGAUCUCAGGAGAGAGCAGGGAGAGGCGUGACCUUUGCCCCCGAAACACAGCUGCACCUGAGAGACGAGCUGUCGACUGACUGAGGACAUGAAGAUGAGGACUGCUGAUGAAGAGGAGGAGAGAGGAAGAUGAUGUCACAGAUUAAACUCUGACAUUUUGUAAUAUUUAGACUUUAGAUUUGUUCCGUCUGUUUUUGUUUUAUAAUUUAAUUUUAACUGGAACAAACUUUUUCAGCACUUUAGGAAACAAACUGAGCCUUAAUGAGUCUCGUGUGAGAGCAGCUUCUUAUUGUUCUCUAACAAGCUGCUGCAGAUUGAACACGUCAGAAAUGAUCUUUUUACUCAGAAAGUAUUUUAAAGACGAGGAGACAACAAUCAGCUGCACUUUGACAGUUUCUUCUCCACAUAUCGAUUAUUUAAAGUCACUUUAUGUAUUAUUUAUUAUCAGUAUGAAACACUGAGUAAUAACAGAGUGUGAUGUCAUCAUAGGCAGAUAUAAAUAUAUUUUAAAUGUUUAUUAAUGUUCAGUGUUUGUUGAAACUGUUUCUGUGAAGAAACAUUUUAUAACAGCUGUGUUUGAAUUAUCAUUAAUGUUCAUUCAUUCUCUGUCUGGAUGUUUCCUGCAAUCACUGUGUGCCUUAUUUAAAGAAUAAUUAUUGUAAAAUAAGAGUGUGACGCUUUGAAACAGGAAGUGUUUCAUGUUCAGUUUAUGAAGUUUGAAUUGUUCACAAAUUGUUCAGCCUGAUAUUUAAAAUCUUUUUGCAGUAAAGUUUUGUGACUUUAAAA